UACAAUCAGUGCUACACCCUCACAGUGUCUCCCCUGCUGCAAACAUAAACCUGCCUGUCAGUUAGAUGUCAGUGUGCUGCAGGCAUGAAGUAAAGUCGGUUUACAUAACGGCUGAGAAGGACCUGAAGAGCGUUCAUUUGUGCUCAUUCGCUUCACUUUCAUUUCAGUUUUUCAGCCUGUGGUCCUCUCUAUAUAGAGCUACGGUUUUUCCCGUGGAUGUAUGGCUUCAUUCCUGAGCUUAGAUGUUUGUCAUACUAAUCCUGGAGCACAGAUACUGUUAGUUAAGACUCUUUUCUACCCUUCUCCCUGCCUUCUUCCCUCUUUAAUUACUUUUGCACCAGGGAAAAAAACAAACAAACAAACACCUUUUUAGGUUUUGAUCCACACCUGCCUGCUCUCUCUGUGCAGAGUGCAUGAAGGAGAGUGUGUUUUCAGUGGGUGGAAAGGGGAAGAAGGCGGAGUUGUGUUUUUGUACUUUUAAUGGGUUGUGGAGAAACCUGCCUGUCUGCUUGGAGCUGGGAGAGGAGGAGCCUGUGGGGUGUGGAACUUCAGACAAAGGAGACAUAAACACACUGACACUGGAUCACUGGAGCAAAAAAAGAGUAGGAGACGACUAAGAGGGAGACGAUCCCUAACUCUUGGACUACUUUUUUUGCUAUAUUUUGGAGAAAAAAACCUUAUGUAAAGGAGAUUUUUGGGGGCGGGGGGUGUGAUACCCUGGAUCGGUUUGUGAGCUGAGACAUGUUUGUGUUGGAGCAGUGGUGGCCAUAUGUUGCCCAGACUGUUUAGAAGUGUGUGUGUGUUUGGGAUGGAAAAGUGGGGCUGGCACGAUCAACAUUUCUGCUCUUAGCUUCAUGCCAUGGGGGGGUGCCAUAGUUACCCCUCAGCUAAAGAAGCAGACGGGAAGACCCUUCAGCCUUCUGACAUCAGCAGUGACAAAGUGGGGAUUAAUAACAAUAACCAGGAAGCGCGUCCAUAUCUAAAGCAGCAGUAUGUGUGUCAGCGGAUCCCACAUGCAGACAUGUAUGCCCUCAUAGCUCUGCCGCCUGGCGUCGACAAGGCAGAGUGGCUUGCCAGCAACACUGUGGCAUUUUUCAAGCAUAUAAACCUGUUCUCCAGUGCGCUAUCAGAGUUCUGCACUCCCAGCACAUGCCCAACUGCCUGUGGACCAGGCAACGAGGUUUAUGUUUGGACUGAUGACCAUGGCAGGAAGCUUAAGUGCUCUGCUCCGCUUUACUUUGACUACGCCAUGUCAUACAUUCAGGACCUACUGACUGAUGAAGACGUGUUCCCUACAAAAGCAGGUGCAGAAUUUCCGACAGGCUUUGUGUUUAUGGUCCAGAAGGUGUUUCUGUUGUUGUUCAGGACAAUGGCCCACAUUUAUUGGUCUCACUACACACAGGCCCAGCAGGUGGGUCUGCACCCGCACCUCAACACGCUUUUCAUGCACCUGACGCUCUUCUGCCGGCACCAUGGGCUGCUGGAUCCAGAAGACACCGAGCCACUGCAGGACCUCAUCACAGCUUUAGGACGACAAGGGUGAACUUAAAGGGCAACCGCAGAUAUUGUACAAUCACAUCAUUGCACGCUUAUUUAUUUCUUACAGCUGAUUGUCUCUCACCACUCUGUGCCAAAUUUAAACGUUUUCCCCAGUAUAGAUUUUUAAAGAAAGCUCUAUAAGGAGAACAAUGCAAAGAAACAAUGCUCCUGUUGUUCUGUAUAAUUGGACUGAAUUGUAUGACUGUUGCAUGCUUUGUUUUGUUUUGCUGUUUUAACAUAAUGGUGCAUUAUUUUACUUUGAUAAGGUCAAGAUCUUUAAGGUCACUUAAGCCAAACAAACCCAGUUAGUGCCAUUGUUGUAUUUUGUGCACCGUGCAAAAAUGCUGCAUCUCCAUCUUCAUGUAUUUUAGAGUACUUUGUAAUAAAUAUUUGUGAGCCAUCAUCUGUAUGGUGGAACUAAAAAGCAUGCAUACUUUAUUUUGGAGAAAUUAGUGAAUACAAAGAAGUGGGAAGAAUUGGUUAAAGGCAGGGAGGGACUUUGUGCUGGUGCUGUUUUAUUUAGCAUAUUUUCAGGUCUUUGGUUUAUAAUCAGCGCCACCUGCUGCUAGUAAAGGAAUCCAGCAUGCAUCACAUUUUCCCUGCACCAUCUGUAAAUGUUUGUUUACAUAUUGGAUUUAUGAUUAAACUGACUUAUGAGAGUUAAA